AACAGACGAAAAAGGGCCGAGAAAGAGCCGAAAAAGAUCCCACGCUUUGAAAACGGGGGAGAGAGAGAGAGAGAGAGAGAGGAGAAAGAGAAAACAGAGAAAGCGAGAAGAAGAAGACGAGAGAGAAAGAGAGAGAGAUCUCGACCGUCCGUUCUCCUCCAUUCUUCUCCUUCCCUCCCUCCGAUCCGACCUUCUAUCACCGUUCACAACAUCCUUCCACCUCCUCUCCCCUCCCUCCAAAUUCCACCCCGCCAUGGAACAGAUGUACGGACCGAAUCGGCCUUCGAUGGAACGGUCCGUCUCCGAUCCCGCCGCAUCGGACUGGAACUCUCCGGCCCCCGAGGCGGGGCUCGAAGAAUCCAUGUGGCAGCAGAUGAAUUUGGGGGGGCGGGAUUCGUACCCGGAGCGGCCUGGCGAGCCCGACUGCAUCUACUAUAUGCGGACUGGAUUCUGUGGGUAUGGUGUCCGGUGCCGCUUCAAUCAUCCCCGUGAUCGUAGCUCGGUUGGUGGAGUUUUAAGAGGUGGAGGGGAAUAUCCAGAACGGGUUGGCCAACCUCUAUGCCAGUUCUUUAUGAAGACCGGGUCAUGCAAAUUCGGUGCUUCGUGCAAGUUCCACCACCCAAGAUAUGGAGGGGGACCAGCAAGCCCAGUGUCAUUAAAUUAUUAUGGAUACCCACUACGUCCGGGUGAGAAAGAGUGUUCCUACUACGUGAAAACUGGUCAGUGCAAGUUCGGUGUAACCUGUAAAUUCCAUCAUCCACAACCAACUGGCUUAUCAAUGCCAGCACCUGCACCUGCAUUUUAUCCGACGGUGCAGUCUCCUUCAGUUCCUUCUCCUCCUCAAUAUGGAGGAGUGGCCAGCUGGCAAGUUGCGCGGCCGCCGCUAAUACCUGGUUCGUAUGUUCAAGGGCCUUAUGGUGCUUUGAUGUUUUCUCCAGGGAUGGUUCCAAUUCCGGGUUGGAGCACUUAUCCGCAGCCACCUGUAAGCCCAGUAGCAUCCCCUGGUACACAACACUCUGUUGGAACAGGGUCAAUGUACGGGUUAACACAUCAGUUAUCUCCUUCAGCACCCGCAUACCAAGGACCUUAUUCACCAAUAUCUUCUGUUGCGGGACCUUCAAGUAGUAGUCAGAAGGAACACAUGUUUCCAGAAAGGCCUGGCCAACCUGAGUGCCAAUUCUACAUGAGAACGGGGGAUUGUAAAUAUGGUUCCACGUGUAGAUACCAUCAUCCCCCGGAGUGGAGUUUGCCGAAAACAACUUGUGCCCUCAGCCCCAUUGGCCUCCCUCUGCGUCCGGGGGCCCGCCCUUGCAGUUUCUAUGCACAAAAUGGGAUAUGUAAGUUUGGGCCAACUUGCAAGUUUGAUCAUCCAAUGGGAACACUGAGUUACAGCCCAUCUGCAUCUUCUCUUGCCGAUAUGCCAGUUGCUCCAUACCCCGUUGGGUUUUCAAUGGCUAAACUGGCUCCAUCAUCCUCAUCCUCAGAGCUGCGGACAGAAUUCAUGGCCGGGUCCAGCAAGGAUUCUUUCUCAACCAGAAUGCCAUCUUCAUCGGACAACACAUCAAGUGGCUCAGUUGGUUCGAUUUUCUCAAAGGGUGGUGGCUCAGUUCCACAGCUGCAUGUCCAACUCUUGGGUCAGAGUUCUGCUCCUUCAAGCAGUAGCAGUAGUAUGGGUCACGGCAGUGAGAGCCUUGGUUCAAGCUGAAGCAGGAACCCAAACCUAUUUCUUCACACUCCGGAUCAAAUUUCAUGAACCCCGGUAUGUUUUCCGAAGUCAUUAUACUCCUUGGAAUUUAAUUUCCCCAUAUAUCUUUCUCAGAUAAGAACUUCGCUUCCAAUUCUUGAAGGUUCCAUUAUCCGAUCCACUCCCGGUCAUUGUCCCUGUGUUCAUAUGAUCUUUUAUAUAUGGCCGACUUUUUCAUUUUGAAAUAAGCUAGCCAUCCCUCCUUAAAUAGGUAUACAAUCGUCCACCUCUCUUGCCCAAUAACUACCAUAGAAAGCCCUUUCAUAAGGUAAAAACUGCAGCCCUCUCUCUUUCCCACUCUCUGGCUCAUAUGUCUGCCGCUUUGGUUUAUGCUCCGGCCUUUUUGAAACGAAAAGGACCAGGUGUGUUCUGGGCAGUCCCACUUUAUUUUCUCCUUUACUUUUUCUUUUUUUCCCACAGUGUGCUCAGGUCUUCUUCCUCUUAUUUACUCCUUUAUUUGGGAACAUGCAUCCGAUCCCAGCAUUUUAAGCUUUCUGAAAAGUAAAACAGGGUUUGGAAGGUUUUCUUGUUCCCCCUUUUUUUGCCCUAGAAGUUAUUAUGAACAAAGGAGGAUUAGAUACUCUCAAGGGGCAUCCUAUCUCUCCCCAUCUGAAGAUGAGGGACCAUUGUUGUUAUGUAAUGAUACUUGUACUGCUUGAUAACAGUCUUACAUUAUAUUUAAAUAAAAGAAGCCCCUUAAGCUUUGUAUUAA